UUUGGAACACAACGGUUAUUGCUGUGAAUACAUCCUCUUUCAUUUCCCCACAUUCUACGCCGCAACAAGCAUGUACUUUUGCCCAAACUGCUCCAACUUGCUGCUGGUCCAGUCUGACGGUGCACAGCAGCAACUGUAUUGUCAAACCUGUCCAUAUAUUUAUCCUAUUGUCAAAACUAUUGUGCAAAGGAAGGCGUUAGAGAGGAAGCAGGUCGAUGAUGUAUUGGGAGGAGACGAUGCUUGGGCGAACGUAGAUCAGACUGAAGCUUCCUGCCCUCGCUGCGAACAUGACCGUGCUUACUAUAUGCAGAUUCAAACGCGCUCCGCAGAUGAACCUAUGACUACGUUUUACAAGUGCUGCGAUCUAAAGUGUGGCUGGCAGUGGAAAGAAUAACGAGAUCAGGGAUGGACGGAUUGUCUCCAAACUCUGAUCAUACUUCUUGGAUUUAUUUCCUCCGUAGGAUAUACUAGACCUCUCUUUAGUAUUCCUCGACUCGGAGUCUACUCACUUGCAUAUUUACUCUACUAAUUAAUGUAUUAUUAAAACGU